AUGGAUAAUAAUAAUGAAGAGAUACAAAAAUUAAGAGAAUAUAAAAAAAUAUUAAAACAAGAAAGAAAGAGAUACAAUGAACUAAAUUCAAUUGAUGAUAAUAGUUAUGUACAAUAUCUAGAAGAUGUGAUAAUGGAGAAUAAACAAAUAUAUAGAGACAGAGAAAGAGAAUUGAUUUCAUUGUUUACAAUUGUACUUAUCAAGUUUCCACUUUCUUUAUUUUCUAUAGAUGAGAGCUCUGUCUUGUUCGGAAUGGAGAAAUAUCAUUCUCCUCACUACAAUAUUUAUUAA